ACAGCGGAUUUUUCACCUAGCUGUUUCUUACGUGUAAAAUUUACAUCGGGCACGGUGUACAAGAAAUACGUACUGGUUUGGAGAAUCACGACCAGGCCGGGUGGGUGCAGACUUUGGAACAGCGUGGUUGGUGAUACAUCAGGUAGCAGUAAGUUGAAUAACCAUGGCAGGUUUGGUGAAGAUGUACAAUGACCUCAUGGAGAAGGCUGAUCCGCGAGUGGACGGCUGGUUUAUGAUGUCCACUCCCUGGCCCAGCCUCAUCAUCUGUGUGGCCUACUUUGUGUUUGUUAAGAUGGGACCCACCAUUAUGGCCAACAGAGAACCGUUUGAGAUGAAGAAGAUUCUGAUUGUCUACAACUUCUGUAUGGUUCUCUUAUCAACCUACUGCUUUGUGGAGUUUCUGCUGGCUGGGUGGCUAAAUGGGUACAGUCUGAGAUGUCAACCUGUAGAUUACUCAGAGAAAGGAUUAAGGAUGCUGAAAGUCUGCUGGAUGUUUUAUUUUUCUAAAUUUAUUGAACUUUUUGACACGGUUUUCUUUGUGAUGAGGAAGAAGUUUAACCAGGCCUCAUUUUUACAUGUUUUUCACCAUGGAAUUAUGCCCUUCUCCUGGUGGUUUGGAGUCAAAUUUGUAGGAGGUGGGUUUGGCACCUUCCACUCGAUGCUGAAAUCCUUUAUACACCUGGUAAUGUACACUUACUAUGGUAUGGCAGCCUUGGGUCCUCAGUACCAGAAAUACCUCUGGUGGAAAAAGUAUAUGACAUCUAUGCAGAUAACCCAGUUUAUCCUGGUAACGAUCCAUUCUAUACAGCUGUUGUUUAUUGACUGUAACUACCCCACACUGUUUGUUUACUGGAUUCUAGCCUACGCUGUUAUAUUCCUCAUCAUGUUCGCAGACUUCUACAGAAACGCCUAUAAAAAACCAAAGACCAACGGAGCUGUUACCAAUGGAGUCAAAGCCAAAUCUAAUUAACACAUGCUUUAAUUAGAAAUAUUUCAAUUAUAGCUCUUACCUUAUCCAUUCGUUUAUUUAUAAUAUUUUUUUGUUAGCUAUGACUUGUAAGUUAAUUUUACAUUUCUCCAAUUUUAGACACCACCUCAUGCAUAAAUUGUUAACUAUGUUCAUAGUUCCAGCAGUAUGUACCCCAUAAUCUGCAUGAAUGUUAAAAAUGAUAAUUAGAAAUAGAAACAGUUUUAAGUUCAUUCUUUGUCAAAGGUUUUUUUUUAUAAUCUUUGAUUCGACAAAUCAGCUUUUAUAAUAUGUCUUUAACGUGUAGAUACAUUUAUUAUAUGAUGUUGAUGUUAAGGUUUUAGAAAUCCCCUUCUGUAGGCAUAACUUUACCAAAUGAAUUCAAAUUUAUUCUAAUUAUGCCUUAAAAAUAUGAUGUUGUGCUUGAUAUAUGUGAAAAAGCAGGGAUCAUUUAUCAGAAAGAUAUCUGUGGUUACAAAACUAGGAUUGAUUAUGAUACAAGUGAUUGACACAUGUGACACAACAGAGCAACCAUGAAAUCCUCAGCUGUGACCAAUUUAUGUUUAGUAUUCUCCUUAUUUAGAUCAUUAUUAAUUACAAAAUGGACCAAUCAGAAAUAUCAGAUUUAUGUAAGUUGUCGAUUGGCUGUGAGAGGUUUUACUGGGAUUAUUUAAGAACCAAUCAGAACUGUUUGAUAUCCUAUUGUUGAUUGGUAGUUGGAGUAUCAUUACCAAAUAUGACCAAUCAGAAUUGUUAAAUAUCCUCUUUUUGAUUGGUAGUGAGAUGUGUUAUUUGGAAUAUGUAACCAAUCAGGUCUGUUAUUUAUCAUUUUGUUGAUUGGCCAUAUAAGUUUUACUGGGAUUAUCUAAGAACCAAUCACAACUGUUAGAUUUCUUGAUUUCUUUGUUUUGGUUCUCACUGGGCUCUGACCUCUAUGAUUAUUUGUUAUUGAUUGAGUGUUCAAGAUUGUAAUCAGGGUAUCAUAGAAGCUUUACCCUGUCUUUGUUUUUUUACCUCUAGAAAUUUCAGGGAUUCACUAUUAAGUUUCUUCUGAUGUAUUCUUCUGAUUCUUAAUUAGAACUAGCUUAUAAUCAGCUUUAAAUGAUUUUCUUAAUCUUGGAAUCUGGAUAAUUCCUAUAUUUGUUUGUACAUGUUAAUGUUUCAUUAUGUAUAGUCAUAAUACUUAAACAGUUGACGGGUUGUAAAUCUGUGUUGAUUAUAUGUCCCGGUCCUUAUUGUAUGGAAAACAAUUGUAACAAUCCUAAGUUAAAUCUGAGGUUGACCAGUCUGAUUAUAUGUGCAUAGUUGAUUCAACUGUAAUAUUUUAAAGCUUCUUAAGAUUUUACAAUAUAUUGACAGACAUGUGAUAUAAUCUCAUUAUAUUUAUCUGAGUCAUGUACAGCUCUGAACAAAGAAAAAUAUAUUUUAAACUCUGCAUAAUACUUUGAAGGAUUAUCCAAAGACGGAAAAAGAAUUCUUAUAUUGAUAAUGUGUAUUGAAGUCAAUAAUAGAUAUGAAACAUGUGAAAAAGAAUCUGAAUGUUAGAUAUGUCGACUUAUCAGAUGAUUUUUUAUUGAUUAUAAAAGAUUGUCUAAAUGCUGUGCCAUUUUUAAACCCCAAGCAUGCAUGCAUCAUAUGGAAGAAUUUAUGUGUGAUGUUUAGUUUUUACCAUCAUGUUAAAUGAAGAGAAUUAAAUUUUGAUAUUGCUGUAGAUUUUGUACUUCAUUUUGCUAUAUGAAAAAAUAUUACAUUUUAUUUAAUAAU